GCCACGGUGCUCCGUGUUCACUGACGGUUUCUCCUUCCUUCUGCCCGCAGUGACCGACCUGCAGGAGGAGGGCAAGAACGCCAUCAACUCGCCGAUGUCGCCGGCCUUGGCGGACCUGCACCCCGAGGACACCCUGCUAGAGGAGAAUGAGGAGCGCACCAUGAUCGACCCCACCUCCAAGGAGGACCCCAAGUUCAAGGAGCUGGUCAAGAAAGGCAGCUGCGUGGAAGCGCCCCGCUGGGCAGAUGCCGGCGCUGUCAGCGCCGUGGGAGGCGCUGGGAGGCGUCUGGCGCCUCACGGCCCGGACCGCGCCCUCCGAGGAUCCGGCAGCCACGAGCAGCCCUGUCCCUUUCCUGGAGGGAGCUGGCCUCAGCCCCUGUCCCUUUCCCGGGGGGAGCUGGUCUCAGCCGCUGUCCCUUUGCCUCCGCAGUCUCUCAUCACCUUCGUGAACAAGCACCUGAACAAGCUGAAUUUGGAGGUGACAGAACUGGAGACCCAGUUCGCAGACGGCGUGUACCUGGUUCUGCUCAUGGGCCUGCUGGAGGACUACUUCGUGCCCCUGCACAACUUCUACCUGACCCCAGACAGCUUCGACCAGAAGGUCCACAACGUGUCCUUCGCCUUUGAGCUGAUGCUGGACGGGGGGCUCCAGAAGCCCAAGGCCCGGCCAGAAGACGUGGUGAGCCUGGACCUCAAGUCCACCCUGCGGGUCCUCUACAACCUGUUCAACAAGUACAAGAACGCAGAGUGACGCGCGGCGACGUCCCUGCGCUCCCCACCAGCCCGCCCUCUCCCUGCUCCCCCCACCUUCCGGGGUUGUCGCCCCGACCUCCUGCCCGUGUCCGUGUCCAUGAGCUGCAGGGUUCUGAGGCCUCGCUUCUCUGGGCUCCCGGCUGAGUCAUCAGCUGUCGACCUGGAUCAGACGAUGAAAAGGAAAAACGCCGGAACCCAGGCCCCUCAGCUCCGGGAGGGGCGCCCGCGUUCCAUCUGACGGCACAAUUAGGGGUUCCAGGCAUCACCCGGCAGCUCGGCCAUCCUGGUGGGACCUCCUGGGAGUGCACUUCUUAGUAAAGAGCGUUUUGCAGUUUUAAAAACUCCACUCAAGUCCCAGAAGCCUUUGCUGUGGCAGGAAUGUCCCCCCACGUUCCUGCUUCGUGGCCGCUCCGUGUUGUGUUCAUCUCGUGUUUGCACAAACUUCUGAGGCCCAGAGGCCCCGCCGCCCGCCGCCCAGGGAGGGGGACCUGCCCAGGGGACGCCUCUGCUUCUGCUGCCGGUGGGAGCGGGGCCGCGGGAUGCAGUUUAGAAACGUCAAAAGCAGGUGUAUCCCUUCGCUCCGGCCGCGACAGAGCCGCAGACUGGGCAGCUCCGACGACAGAGUUUAUUCUCUCAGCCCCGGCCCGGGAGCCCGAGCGCCAGGCGGGCAGCGUCGGUUCCUUCGGAGCCUCCCUCCUUGGCCUGCAGACACCUGUCCUCCCCGGUCCUCCCGGGCGUCCCUGUGUGUGUGUGUGUGUGUGUGUGUGUGUGUCCUGGUCACUUCUUAUAAGGACCCUAGUCAUGCUGGGCCACCCCCAGCCGUGUGACCUAAUUUCACCGGCAUCACCUCAGGUUGCCCUUUCCGAGGCCCUGGGGGUUAGGGCUCCAGCCCGUGGGUCCUGGGGGCCACGGCAGCCCCUCCUCGAGGGAGCGAGGCUUUCCUCUCGAUCCCCGAGUCUUGGCACUUCCCCUGGGGCACCUGCAGGAGAUACUGCUCACUCGCCUCUGUGCUGCUCACCCCCUUGCUCACCGUGGCACAGGGGAGAGAUGGGGAGGCUCCGCUGGGGCUCCGGUGGCUGUGUGCUGGGGCUCAGCCCCCAAACUCGGCCCCAGCGCCCCAGCCUGGGUUUAUGAUGUGCGUGCGAACCCCGGGGCGGCCCCUGCAAUCAGCCUCCUCCCCCGUUUCUCUUCGGGGUUCGCCUUCUGCAGGAGACAGGCUGUGGAGAACGUGGCUGCUGUUCAGUGGGCUGUCGCUGCUGGAGAUUUGGGAAAGGGGGCAGCAUCCCAUCUCGGCCGGCCGCAUGCAGGCUGGGUGGGCUCAGGGCCUGUUGAUGGAGGUGGCUGCCAGGGGGGAAAGGAAUAAGUAAGAUGGCAUUAGGUGGUCUCCGGCGGGGUGCAUGGCAUGGCAGGGCGGUACUGGCACGUGGCUGAGCUGGGACAGUCAGUGCCGCCUUCAUCACAGCCCCUGGGGCGGGAGGCCCACCCACCUGGCGUGCUCACCCGUCCCUGGGGCCAUGCGGGGAGGAGGCAGCCUUGGGCGGCCUGCCCGGUGGGCAGCUCUGCGGGUUCCUCGGCCACGUGGAGGCUGGUGGGAGAGGGAAAGGAACAGUGAGAUGGGGAACGGACUCCCCGGCGAUCGCCUCGCAGCGCUGACUGAGCCCAUGGUUCCCGGGAGGGUGUGAUAUUUCACCGAAUUAGUUUUCCGAGUUGGUUCAAAGGUGUGGGAGUGCCUCACGCCUGCCAAGGCCCCCCUUCGGCUGCACCGUGUCAUUUUUCCUUGUUCCACUUUCCAGUGUGAGUCCAAACUCACAGCGUGGCCUGGACGGGUGCACUGGGGGCCCGUCCCAGGCAGAAGUCGGUGGCCCUGGCCCCUGUGGCUCGGUUGUUCGGGCAUCGUCCCGUGCACCCAAAGGUCCCAGGUUUGGUUCCCCAUCAGGGUUCAGUCCCCAGUAGGGGGCGUGCAGGAGGCAGCUGAUGGGUGUGUUGUUCUCACAUUGAUGUUUCUCUCCCUCUCCCUCUCCCUCUCUCCCUAAAAAUCAGUCAAAAUAAGAAGGGUGAGCUCUGCUUGGGGAAUGAGUCCUUCGUGUGAUCAACCCAUCAUCGUCUCGUUGGCUUGGGGAUGUAGUUGUCCGGGCGUGAGUUCAGGUCAGGGAAGCUGGGCGUCUUCGGGGUUGCACAUGCCCAGGGAGCGGCGUUUCUCCAUCGAGGGGCUCUCAGCACAGGAACCCAGUGAGUGCCAGGCCGGCUCUCCAGGCCCAGGGGAUGCCCUUUGUCCCUCCCCCCACCCUCUGGCCUCGGGCGCCUGCCUGAGGCUCCGUUUCCCCUUUAACAACCACAGGGAUUAUGCAAGCGCCAGCCCAGCGCCUGCCCCGCGUUUCAAUUGGAUGUGACAGAGAGCUGUGCUGUUCUAAAGCAACGGGAUCCUUCCCCCUCCCCUCUGUGGGCCAGUGUUUUAUUGUGUUUAUAACCGUUUCAAGCACUGUUUACUUUGGGUUUCUGGAUAUUAAAUAAAAGCCACUCAAACCCCC